AAAAAGUAAACACUUAGAUGGAUAAGAAUUCCAACUCAAAUGUUUUAGGCAGGAAAUAAAGUAUGUAAAAUUUUAGUAAUUAAAAGUCAUUAACAAAUAUUGCAAAUUAUCAAAAGCAAAGAAUAACAAUGAUAAGAAACUUUUAAUCAGAAUAGAAGUGCUCAUAACACUUUAGAAUAGCUUGCAAAAUUGGACUGGAAAUGAAAAAUAUUAAGAGUAUUCUUCGAAUAUAAAGAAUACUAAUAGCAGGUUGAAUUGGGAUAUGCAAAUUUUGAAAUAAAAAAAACACUAUUUUACAAGAGGAAAUGAGGAAUUCGAAAAAGUAAAUUGGUUAUAAAAUUUAGUUUUUGCACAUUCAAUUCGAUUAGAUCAAUCAUAAGUUGCAAUAAUUUGACAUCAUAACAGGGGCAAUACCUUAGCAUAAGAAAUUCAAGAGGACCCUUUUUUAAUUAUAAUAGAUAUCUCUCAAUAUUUAACUACCGAAUUCUUGUAAAAAUGACCUGCACUUUCUGGAAAUCAACUUAAAUCAAUCAAUAUUCAAAUUAAAUAAACAAGACAUUGAUGAUCAAGAGUAGAUAAAGGCCUUAUUUGAGGAAUUGCGAAAUAUAAGUAAGCCUAUUCAUUAUGAAUGA